AUGGGUAACAUCGACCUCGCCCUGUUAUGUAUCGUAAUCUUCUUGGUGCAUUUCGCAGAACUAAUUCGAAUACCACCUGCAAAAUGCAACUCGGCGCUGGACCGUGGACCUUGUAAAAAUUUUACUUCCAAAUGGUAUUAUGAUCGUUAUUCCAAACAAUGUCGUAGCUUUUUCUAUGGUGGUUGUCAAGGGAAUGGGAAUCUUUUCGACUCGCUGGAAGGUGGUUCAAUCUAUAGAAUUACAGCUACACUUUUGUAUUUAAAAAUCAAAAAUUGUGAUAAACAAGCACGGCUACUUCAUCUCGCUUCCAUUCAGUUAGUUCACAACAACCAGAAUUUUUAA